GCAGCGCCGUCAGCAUCGUGAGGUACGCGUCGUUUCGUAAAUAGAAUUGUUGUUGUUGCUGUUGUGCGUUACGUGAAAACAACAACAACAACGACAGCAACACACAAGCACACACCACACACACGCACAAUCUAACAAUUCGCAUUCGUUGUCGUCAUCACCGUCGCCGUAGCCGUAGCCGUAGCCUUUCGCCGUUCUCGUCGUCGUCGUCGUUUUUGGUAACGUUUGCCCGCCGUCGCCUUUGGAUACGAGAAUACGAAACUCUGCGCUCCCUCGACCUAUGGCGUUAUUACAUUUACCUGUUCGCGUGUGUUCCCAACUGUGACAACAACAGCAGCAGCAGCAGCAGCAGCAGCCACUGGCACAGUCACAAUAGUUCUAGCUAAAGCCCAAAGAGUGCGUGCAAAUUCAGAUACAUAGAUACAAAAGUAUCUUAACAUAACUAAACUGUACAAAAGUGCCUUAAAGCAGCAACAAAAAUCGAAAUAUCGCUAAACUUAACUCAACCAUAAAACCCGCCCUCCCCGCCAACAAGAAAACAACACUUGAUGCUCAAUGCAGAAUAUCUUGGCAGAAUUUUGAGUUACGCUUUUUUGAUUUUUUGAUAUUUCUCAAGUGUUUUUGGGUGGUUGCCGGUCUAUAAGCCAAAUAUAUGGUAAUGGCAGAGAUUGGUGGCCAUUUGGCUCACCAGCUACCAUUGCACAAUCACAAUCACAAUCAAACUGGAUUACAGCCAUCGCUGGUGAUGAAUCAUCACCUGGAUUUGGAUUGUCACGGCCAUGAUGUGAUAAAAAAACAACGCCUGUCGCAUUGUGUGGGCUGCGGCGGCCAAAUACACGAUCAGUAUAUACUGCGCGUUGCGCCCGAUCUGGAAUGGCAUGCGGCGUGCUUAAAGUGCCAGGAAUGCAGGCAAUUUCUGGACGAGAGCUGUACGUGUUUUGUGCGCGAUGGCAAAACCUAUUGCAAGCGUGAUUAUGUUAGGUUAUUUGGUACAAAAUGUGAUAAAUGCGGUAACUCCUUUAGCAAAAAUGAUUUUGUGAUGCGAGCCAAAACGAAAAUCUUUCACAUCGAAUGUUUUCGUUGCUCAGCGUGUGCCCGUCAACUGCUGCCAGGCGAUGAAUUCGCGUUACGCGACGCGGGCGCCCUGUACUGCAAGGAGGAUCACGAUGUGCUCGAGAAGUCAUCGCAAAGUAGUCUAACAUCAUCAUCUGUGGAGAGCAACAACAACAUUAGCAGUAAUAACAACAACAAUACAAAUCUUAGCAAUAAUAACCAUUCCAGCGAACUGGGCUCAAUGUCGGAUUCUGGCAGCGAAUCGGGCUCACACAAAAGUAUUAGGGAAAAGCGUCCCUCGGGUCCAUCGGACGGCAAGCCGACGCGAGUGCGCACCGUGCUCAACGAGAAGCAGCUGCAUACCCUAAGAACCUGCUAUAAUGCUAAUCCGCGACCUGAUGCGCUCAUGAAGGAGCAGCUGGUUGAGAUGACGGGCCUGUCGCCGCGGGUCAUACGCGUCUGGUUCCAGAACAAGCGCUGCAAGGACAAGAAGAAGACCAUCCAAAUGAAGCUGCAAAUGCAGCAGGAGAAGGAGGGUCGCAAGCUGGGCUAUGGCGCCAUGCAGGGCAUACCCAUGAUUGCCAGCUCGCCGGUGCGACACGAUUCGCCGCUGAAUCUUCAGGGUCUGGAUGUGCAGACAUAUCAACCGCCAUGGAAAGCCUUAAGCGAUUUUGCCCUGCACGCCGAUCUCGAUAGCAAUGGGGCCAUCAAUACGCACACGCCCGCAUUUCAACAGCUGGUCAAUCAGAUGCACGGCUACGAUUUAAAUGGAAUGCCCGUGCUGCCACCACAUCCGCCACAGGGACCACACCCACCACCGCCGGGUCAGCAAAUGAACGGCCCGCCUGGUGGCAGCAGCCUGGACUCGGGCAUCACGUCGCACCAUCAUCCGGAUAGCACAGACUCGUAUGUGACCUACCUGGAGAGCGAUGACAAAUCCAAGCUGGCGCUGACGCCAUCGUCCUCGUCAUCGGCAUCGGCGGCCACAUCGAUCUCAUCGCCGCCGUCAUCAACAGCUGCCGGCGGUGUGGUGGGUGUUGGUGGUGUUGGUCUUGGUCUUGUGGGCGUAGGCUUGGGCGUGGGCGUGGGCGUUGGCUUAGGCGUUGGCGGUGGUUCCAUUGCCGCCAAUCAGUCGGCCACGGAGCAGCUGAUGCAAAUGCUACAAAAAGUUACCGGCUCGCCGGCAUCAGUCCUCUGAGCGCAAGCCCAACUACGUCUGGCGGCGGCGGCAUCGCGGCGGCGGCGGCUGGGGGCGUGGCGGCAGCGAUGGCGAGGAUGCGGAUGCAAAUGCAGCUGCAGCUGCUGUAAAACAGCGCAAACAGCUCGCGGGCUUGUGCAAUGUGGCGAAGCUCUUGCGCGAUAUACUAUAUUCGUCUCGGUUUUUGAUUCGGUGCCAAAAAUAGUCUGUAGGCCAUUGGCUGGCAUUAAAUCUGGGUCUCUGGCCAGGCUCUCUCUACCUCGGCCUCUGCCACUGGGGCUUGGGUCCUACUCUGACUCUGGUUGUGGGCGCGGUUACGGGUUGCGGGGUUCGGGGUGCGGGGU